AUGCGCGCCAAGGAGGUUCUGCGCCUCCUCUUCUUCCUCCUCAUCGCGUUCUUCUUCACACUCCUCCGUCACAGAGGCAGCAAAACAGAUGCCCAGGACCAGGACCCGGAGAAUGAGAUGAAGACAUCUCCCAACCCAAAAGCUCAUCUAGAGAUGGUAUGUUCUCAGGAUAUCCACGCAGAUCCCAUCGCUUGGCGCUCCGCGCGGCUGUCCGCCACCGCCAAAAGACGGAGCCAACUUAAGGCGACGACGAUGAUCGUCCGCCCGAUGCCGCCGGGCGUGUGCACGUCGGCCGAUCUCCGGCCGGAAUCCCAAUCCAAUCUCAUCUUUCUAUCCAUCCGCCGUCACCGGUGCGCGGCGUGCUACCGCCAGUUCAACCGGAUGGAGCACCUGGUGGAGCACAUGCGGACGUCGCACCACUCCCUCCACGAGCCCCGCUGCGGCGUCUGCGGCAAGCACUGCCGCUCCCUCGACGCCCUCCGCGACCACCUCGGCUUUGGCGCCUCCCUGCCCUCCAAGCCCGCCUGUUCCGCCGCCUUCCAAGCCCACGGCUGCCCGCUCUGCCUCGCCGUCUUCCCCGCCUCCGCCGCCGUACGUGCCCACCGCCCGACCUGCAAGCUCUCCGGGGCGCCCCAUCCUUCGUCGGUGCAGAGCCUCACCCGAAGCAUGUCGAGGGUGGGCGCGCGAGGCGGCCGCGGCGCGGUGGCACUCGGGUGCAAGAUGGUGGGCGGCGGGAGCGACGGCACGCUGGACGUGUGUGCGCGCGUCUGCGUCGUCGACGAGCACGAGACCAUCCUCUACGAGAGCUUCGUGAAGCCGCUCAUCCCGGUGACGCACUACCGGUACGAGACCACGGGCAUCCGGCCCGAGCACCUCCGCGACGCGCCCACGGUGAAGCAGGCGAUGAGGCGGGUGCAGGACAUCCUCCUCAACGGCGAGGAGUCCUACUCCUACUCCUCCCGCGGCGCCGCCCGGCUCCUCGUGGGCCACGGGCUGGAGCACGACCUCGACGCGCUGGGCAUGGACUACCCGGUGCACCUCAAGCGGGACACGGCCGCGUACCCGCCGCUGAUGAAGACCAGCGCCAGGCUCAUGAGCAACUCGCUCCGGUAUCUCACGCGGAGCUGCCUGGGGUAUGACAUACAGCCCGGCGGACACCAUCACCCUUACGACGACUGCGUGGCCGCCAUGCGCCUGUACAAGAGGAUACGCGCCAUGAGCCACCUGCACCUGCACGGCUGGCCCAAGGACGACGAUGAUGAGUCCACGGCCAAGGCAUUCCCGGCGUGGAGGCAGCGAGAGCUGGAGCGCAUGUCGCCGGAGGAGCUCCUCGCGAUGUCCAAGCCCGACUACCGAUGUUGGUGCCUCGACGACGAUCGGCGAUGCUGA